AUUAUAUGAACAAAUUGCUCUUCCUAUUGAUAGCCGUACACCGGAAGUAUUCAACAGCGCUCAAACAGCAAUUGAACAAGUUCUUGAAGUGGUGAACUCCUUUGCGGCCUCCAAAUCUGCACCGGACAAGUUGUCGGUGCUCUCGCCUCGUAUUCUUUCACUGUUUCCCGAUUCGUCUCGAACAUCUGCGAAGCGCCUUCUUUCUCCGACGUUUUUCAGCUUUCAGAAGGACGGCUAUCUUUCUCUCCCGGAAGUGUUUGAUAUAAUUACGACAAACCAGAAAUAUCAACAACUUAUGUUGGAUGUCGUUCUCGACGUCAGUGGAGCGGGAAAAGUGCUGGAGGACCUCGUCAUUCGUUUGAAGCCAGAAAUGGACGAGUUGAAAGAGGUGAAGCUCCCACUUGUCGAAGAGCUAUCUCACAGGGAUGCCAACUGGAUGCGUGUACACGACUCAUUCAACGACGAUCAAGCUAGGGACUACGCUGAAAAAGGCUACACAUUUUUAGACGAAGCACAGCUGAAUCUCAUUUAUAGCGAACAAGAUCAGUUGUACAGUGGGAUUAACACCACAAGAUUGGGAAAUCUGUCCAAUGAGGAGAAAGCCCGAAGACUGGAAAAUGAUAUCCGAGAAAUGGCAGCUUUGGAUCGACCAAAGUGGCCGAUGUGGGAGAGUGCACGAUCGAUUCGGAAGCGCCAUGUCUCGGAGGGCGCAGGAGCAACAAGGAACACGACUGCGCAUCAUUCCGAAGGUGGUGAGCAUGAGGAACGCGUUAAUGGUGUCCUGUACGAAACCUUCCACCCGAUCGCAUUCACUUCAUUUGUGUCCCGAGGUGGAGCAAUGGAGGUGGCCACACUAUCUCCACAAGCCUUCAUUGCUGAAAUCGCUCACCCGGAAGCGCUUGU